AUGGUGCAGCAGGCAGAAAGCUUGGAAACUGACAGCAACCUGCCCCGGGAGGCGAUGGACACGGAGGAGGGCGAAUUCAUGGCUUGUAGCCCGGUAGCCCUGGACGAGAGCGACCCGGACUGGUGCAAAACGGCGUCUGGCCACAUCAAACGGCCGAUGAACGCGUUCAUGGUGUGGUCUAAGAUCGAGCGGAGAAAGAUCAUGGAGCAGUCGCCGGACAUGCACAACGCGGAGAUCUCCAAGAGGCUGGGCAAGCGGUGGAAAAUGCUGAAAGACAGCGAGAAGAUCCCGUUCAUCCGGGAGGCUGAGCGGCUGCGGCUCAAGCACAUGGCCGACUACCCCGACUACAAGUACCGGCCCAGGAAAAAGCCCAAAAUGGACCCUUCGGCCAAGCCCAACGCGAGCCAAAGCCCGGAGAAAAGUGCUGCCGGCGGCGGCGCCGGCGGGGGCGCGGGCAGCGGCAAGAACUCCAAGGGCUCGAGCAAGAAAUGUAGCAAACUGAAGACCACCGCGGCCACCACGGCCGCCUGCCCCAAGGCCGGCGCGGGCAAAGCGGCUCACCACGGGGAAUACGGCGGCGACGAUUAUGUGUUCGGCAGCCUUAAAGUGAGCGGCGCGGGGGGCGGCGGCGCCAGCAAGACCGUCAAGUGCGUCUUCAUGGACGAAGACGACGAGGACGACGAGGAUGAAGACGAGCUGCAGCUGCGGAUCAAGCAGGAGGUGGAGGAGGACGACGAGGAGCACCCGCACCAGCAGCUCCUGCAGCCACCCGGGCAGCAGCAGCAGCAGCAGCAGCAGCUGCUGAGACGCUACAACGUCGCCAAAGUGCCAGCCAGCCCCACUCUGAGCAGCUCCGCCGAGUCCACCGAGGGCGCAAGCCUCUACGACGAGGUGCGGGCCGGCGCGACCUCGGGCGCCGGGGGCCACGGCGGGGGCGGCAGCGCCAGCCGCCUCUACUACAGCUUCAAGAACAUCACCAAGCAGAACACGCAGCCGCUCGCGCAGCCGGGGCUCUCGCCCGCGUCCUCGCGCUCGGUCUCCACCUCCUCUUCCUCUUCCAGCAGUAGCAGCAGCAGCAGCGGCGGCGAGGACGCCGACGACCUGAUGUUCGACCUGAGCUUGAAUUUCUCCCAAAACCCGCACACCACCAGCGAGCAGCAGCUGGGGGGCGGCUCGGCGGCGGGGAAUCUGUCCCUGUCGCUGGUGGAUAAGGAUUUGGAUUCGUUCAGUGAGGGUAGCCUGGGCUCCCACUUCGAGUUCCCCGACUACUGCACGCCUGAGCUGAGCGAGAUGAUCGCGGGGGACUGGCUGGAGGCGAACUUUUCCGACCUGGUGUUCACAUAUUGAGACGCGCGCCCAGAUUCUCUCGCUCUUUCUCUCCGCGGGUGCAGAGCAGGGUUCCUUGGGAGGAAAUCGUGGUGAUAAUGAUGAUGAUGAUGAUGAUGAUGAUGUUGAUGGUAGUGGUGGUAGGGUGGAGGGACGAGAAGAAGAUAUUGAUAUUGAUAUGAUGUCGUGACGCAAAGAAAUUGGAAAAGAUGAAAAUUUUGGUGGAGUUAAAGUGGAAUUAGUUUCUAAACAUUUUUUUCCUGUCCUUUUU